GUAAAGAGUAAUUACAAGCUGUGUAAAGCUUGUUGCGUCCCUGACCUAAGUUUCCUCCCCAGUUGGUACAGCUACAGUAUUUUGCUAGAGUAUGGCUAAAAAUAUGUCCUCUCUCAGUGGGAAAGUGCAAACAGUAUUGGGACCCAUUAACCCAAACCAGCUUGGUUAUACAUUAACACAUGAGCAUUUAACAAUGACUUUCAACUGUUGCUAUUGUCCACCACCUGCACACCAGAAAGCCAUGGCUGAUGAGCCUAUCCUCAUGAAACAUUUGUUCUGGUUAAAGCAAAACCCAUACAGUAAUAAAGAGAACAUUCUUCUAAAUCAAGAAGUUGAAGCCAUAAAAGAGGAGCUCUUGUUUUUUAAGGCAGUUGGUGGUGGCACUAUAGUGGAAAAUACAACUACCGGUAUUAGCAGAGAUAUUAAAACGCUCAAGAAGCUUGCUGAAGAAACACGGGUGAACAUCAUUUCAGGGGCAGGGUUUUACAUUGAUGCUACUCACUCAAGUGAAACACGUUCACUGCCUGUUGAACAGCUGACAAAGGUUCUUGUUAAUGAAGUUCUGGUGGGAGCAGAUGGGACCAAUAUUAAAUGUGGUGUAAUUGGAGAGAUAGGAUGCUCUUGGCCAUUAACUGAAAGUGAAAAGAAAAUUCUGCAGGCGACUGCAGAAGCUCAGUGUGAAUUAGGAUGCCCUGUGAUUAUUCACCCUGGAAGAAGUGCUGAGGCUCCUUUCCAGAUCAUCAGGAUUCUACAAGAGUCUGGAGCUGAUAUAUCUAAAACAGUCAUGUCUCAUCUUGAUAGGACUAUAUUUGAUGAGAAAAUACUGCUAGAAUUUGCUGAAAUGGGAUCAUACCUUGAAUUUGAUUUGUUUGGAACAGAAAUGCUGAAUUACCAGUUCAACCCAGCUGUUGACAUGCCCAGUGAUAAUGAAAGGAUUAAAAUGCUAAAGUUCCUUAUUGACAAUGGAUAUGAAGACAGAAUUGUAAUUGCACAUGAUAUUCACACAAAGAACAGACUGGUUAAAUAUGGCGGUCAUGGAUACUCUCACAUACUUACUAAUAUUGUGCCAAAGAUGUUACUCAGGGGUGUUUCUCAACAAACCAUUGAUAAAAUAUUACUGGAGAAUCCAAAGAGGUGGCUGACUUUUAAAUAAAGUAUUGUGCUUAGCUUCAGCUUGUAGAAAAAAAAUGUCAUAGAUAUUUUUUUCAUUUAAAUCAAAUAAUGUCUUUAUAGCUAAGAUCAGAUUGCGUAAUUUGUAAUUCAAAUGAUUUGAACUUUAAUUGAAAAGUGCUGCACUCUAUUUUUUAACUACAUAGAUAGAAAUGUUUAAACAAUUGUCUUUAAAAACAAUUAAUUUAAUUCCUACAGGCAGUUAUAAUCAAGGGUACUUUGAAGCAAGUAAUAAUAAUAAUGCACAACUUGUAGAAAAGUAAAGUGAUUCCAAUUAAAUUACUCCCCUCUGGAACGAUUUGAUGUUCCUUGUAAUAUUGAUGAUGCUUGUAAUUAUCCUGCUGUUCUUUAAUUAAUGCAUGAUACGCAACAUGGCAAUUUAAAUUACUUUCUGACAAAAAAGUUUGAAUACUACCUUAAUUAUAUUUUAAAUAAACUAGGGCAUCAUAUGGGAUUUAUAAGUUACAGACCUUCCAGUAUAACUCAUAGAAAUGAUUAUUCUAAACCCUUUCUUAAUUGAUGAACAGUUUGCUUGGAUAUUAUUUAGCAUGAAUCACAGCAAAACCUUGAAACACUGAAAUUUAUUUUUACAGUUAUAUAAACGACUACCCCACUGUUAUACAGACAGGUCUGAUAUAAUGUUAAAAAAAAAUUCUUUAAAUAUAUAGUAUAACGUUGUUUUUUUCAUUGUUUUACAGUAGUUACAAAAGUAUUAUCCUGCUGUUCUUUAAUUAAUGCAUGAUACGCAACAUGGCAAUUUAAAUUACUUUCUGAUAAAAAAAAGUUUGAAUACUACCUUAAUUAUAUUUUAAAUAAACUAGUGCAUCAUUUGGGAUUUAUAAGUUACAGACCUUCCUGUAUAACUCAUAGAAAUGAUUAUUCUAAAACCCUUUCUUAAUUGAUGAACAGUUUGCUUGGAUAUUAUUUAGCAUGAAUCACAGCAAAACCUUGAAACACUGAAAUUUAUUUUUACAGUUAUAUAAACGACUACCCCACUGUUAUACAGACAGGUCUGAUAUAAUGUUAAAAAAAAAUUCUUUAAAUAUAUAGUAUAACGUUGUUUUUUUCAUUGUUUUACAGUAGUUACAAAAGUAUUAUCCUGCUGUUCUUUAAUUAAUGCAUGAUACGCAACAUGGCAAUUUAAAUUACUUUCUGAUAAAAAAAAGUUUGAAUACUACCUUAAUUAUAUUUUAAAUAAACUAGUGCAUCAUUUGGGAUUUAUAAGUUACAGACCUUCCUGUAUAACUCAUAGAAAUGAUUAUUCUAAAACCCUUUCUUAAUUGAUGAACAGUUUGCUUGGAUAUUACUUAGAAUGAAUCACAGCAAAACCUUGAAACACUGAAAUUUAUUUUUUCAGUUAUAUAAACGACUACCCCACUGUUAUACAAACAGGUCUGAUAUAAUGUUAAAAAUAAUUUCUUUAACUAUAUAGUAUAACAUGUUGUUUUUACAGUAGUCGCAAAAGUAUGUGGCACAUCUGAAUUAACUGAAUAUAGAUUCACCAUAAUGAUAAAUUAAUUUAUAUUAUAAUAUUUUCAAUAAAAUGUUGAGUAAUA